AUGACACCAGCACCAAUAAGGUCUACGCCAACAUCAGAAUUACAGCCACGUACACGACCACAAGGGAGCAUGGGUAACCAUACCGUAUCCACCGCCACGAUAGUUCGCGACGACCCCGAGAAGAACCCCAAUUCGCUGCACGACUUCCACACGGCCAAACGAGGGCCCAAGAACGUCCCGGCAGUCGUGAUCAUGUCGCGGACGCCCGAACCCAGUACAGAGGGCGGUGGUGACCGCAGUGACGCGGCUAAGAAAGGGAGCUCGCCGCCCAAGGAUCCCGGCCACGCCUACGCCCACACCCAACACAUCCGGUUCGAAUACUUUGACCAGCGCAUCUCGAAUGCCCCCUUUGGGUACGAGCACUUCGUCUCGCUGCCGCCGACGUAUGAUUCGGACCUUACCAGGAACAAGACGUGGCCGCUGAUUCUCUUCCUGCACGGCGCAGGGGAGUCGCAGCGCAGGCCGCACGAGUCGUUUGCCUCGAUCCGCCACGGCGUGCCAAAGAUCAUCCUCUGCUACGACAAGCUAAAGUCCGAUCCGACAGACCGUGAAGACCCUGCAAUCGACAUCCCCCCGGCGCCACGGCUGCGGAAAAGCAAGCAGACACAACAGCAUCAGGGUGAUGGGUCCACGGAACCCGUCCCCCGAGAGACGUGUGAGCUGUUAGCCGAGAACUUUGUCACGGUGACGCCGUCGCUGAACAUGCAGAACGGAUACGGCUGGAACGCGGCCAUCCUGUCAGCCCUGCUCGACGAGAUUGUGAAUCGCUACCGCAUCGACCUGGACAGGAUUCACGUCACGGGCUUCAGCAUGGGCGGCUACGGCACCUGGGAUCUGGCCAUGCAUUCGCCGCGGCGGUUCGCGACGCUGGCCCCGAUCUGCGGCGGCGGCGAUCCCUCGCGGGUCACCCACGUCAAGCAUCUGCCGCACUGGAUCUUCCACGGCGAUCGCGACGACGUCAUCCCCGUACAGGCGUCGAUCCAGAUGGCCAAUGCGCUGAAGAGGGCCGAUGCCACGCAAGUCACCUUCACGCGGUACCCGGGUCUCAUGCACGAUUCAUGGACCCGCACGUACAACAAUCCGGAUCUGUACCGGUGGAUGUUAAGUCAGAGGAGAAAAGUCAGGGGCGACGAGGAAGGUGUUUCGGCCGAAAAUAAAGUCGUCCUAGACACAGACCUGGACUUAGACUUGGAUCUAGAACGAGGCACAAACAAGAUCAAGAUCAAGAAUAAAAUUCAAGAUGUUGUUGACGACGACUCGAUUGUUGGCGAGGGCACGGGCAAAGGAAGCGGGGUUGUUACGGGUGAAGUUGUUGUUGGUGUUGCUGAUGAUGCCUCGUCGGUAUCUACUGUAGUUGUCGUCGUCGGACCUGGAGAUAUUGCCCAAGUAAAGGUUCUCAAAUCAGCUCUGACGUGCCACGACUUUGUCUCCUCUUUCUUCCCUCCACUACCCUCCAGAGGGUUAGAUGGUUUCUUACCAAUAUUCGGAGUCGUCAUCAUAGUCCCAGGGUGCGGGUCGUGGGUAUCGACGACGGCUGCGGCGUUGGUAUGGGGGAACGUGGAAUGUCGCGCCGACGCCAUGCCCCAGGUAGAUGGCCUCGCCGUGACGUCUGCGUCCAUCACGCCCGCGUGUCCGAGUGAAGAGGAUUGGCUCGUGCCAGCCGUCAGGGUGGUAGCGCCAGAUCUCCAUCGGGAAGGGGUUUUGCGUUAG